UUCCGGCCAGUUUUGUCACGUGUCCAAACAAUCAUACCUGCUUCCUAAAGUUUGCUUACAUGUGGUCUUUUCUCGGAGUGUAAGUGCAAAACAAACAUCUAAAUGUGAUACAGGUUUUAAUAUCAAACUUAACACCCUCAUAAGCUGUAUCUGUUCGCGGUAACGUCGUGCAUGUUUACAGGAGAAUCACUUUUCUCCAGAAUCAAUGGCCUCCUGUUUAACAGAAUUGAUGACAUUAUGUGCAAACAUCAUGUUGUCGGCGAUAGCGCUUUAUUCUUCAUUUAAGCUCUUUAAGGACCACAGGGCUCCCUCAGUGGGCCUCUUCCUGCUUGGGCUCUCAUCUGGACUUUGCCUCUUGAGUCCUUCUACCUCAUACCUCAUCACCCUACAGAAAGAAGUCGAUUGGGCUGCCAAGGUCCUGGCUCCAGCACUGGUGUCUUUUGACCUGUUGUGGCUUAGUGAGGACCACAACACUGCAAGUAUUCUCCUGUGUGGCUCCUGCCUCCUGCUGGGACUGUGUGACUGGCUCUCAGCAGAUACCCUCACAGUGGUGACUCGCUGUCUGGGCCUGUCGUCACUGUCCUGCUGCCUCACAGUGUGUUUGUUCACCGGUAGUGCUUUAGGGGCCCUCGGUGGUGUGGCCCUCAGUCUUCCUUUGCUUGUAGCACCGCAGGUUGGAACAGACACAUUUCCUCUCAUCUCUCCAGCUGCAGCAGAUGGUUUGAUGAAGUGGAUUUUGAAAGGAUCUUCAUGUGUAGGCUGUUGGGCAUCCACACGGGCCCUUGGCAUAUUUUUCUUAGAUGUGACUGACCAAUCUAACAUCAGCAUUUAGUAAAUGAGUAGAUUAGGCAAAAUAUAUCUAUAUGUAUGUGCACUGUCAAAUGAAAGUAUGACAAAAUAUAAUAGCCUUAGGGUUUUUAUGGAGAAGAUUUUACUCUUCUUUACUUACAUCGUUUUAAUACCUUAAAAUUGUUUUGGAACUGAAACAACUAGUAUAUUAUCAAUUAAUUAUUUGUCAGAAUGUGAAUGUUUGAGCACAACACUAAAUAUUUCAUGAUUCAAGCUACUAAAAGGUGGGGUUUUGUAAUUUCAGCUUUAAUUUAUAUACAGCUGUGGUGCUUUGGGCAAUAAUUCUAGUUUUGUCUUAUGUCUGUUGCUGUUUGGGUCAUAUUGUUAACUUUGUUUAUGUGUGUUUUUAAUAUUUUCAGUUAAUAGAUUAUCAGUUUUUCUAAAGCAUCUGGAUCAUGCUUAGUUUUAUUAUAGAAAGACUUAAAGCUAGAUUACCUCACUAAGUACAAUACUACAUUAUUAUAUGUAUCUUUGCAUUAGCAGUGAUUUCCUUGCCAGUGCUGAUUGAAUGUUGAAGAAACACUACAAAUACAAUUGUUCAUGUGCAAAACUACAAUUAAGAGCAGAGAUGAAUGGAUAGUAAAUGUAAUAGUCAGAACAUCAUUCUGACAUCCGUACCUGCAUGUAUUAUUUUAAGUGAUAUGACAAAAGAAUAAUUGCCUCUUCUCGCCUUUGUUAAUUUGUAGAGAAGGUGAUCACACUUUCCUGACAGUCUGUUUCACUAAGGCAGAACAGUUACCAAUUGUAUUUAUUGCAUUUCUGAAUUUCAUUAUUAUAAAGCCAGCGUGUUUGUACUAAGGCUGAACAGCUCAAUGAAAUAUUAUAAAAACUGCAAUAUGGUCGCAUACAAUGCCCAAAUCCAGGAGUUGUCAAAGGUCAAAUGUGUCACAGCAUACCAUUUUUGUUUGGUUCAGACCAUAACAAAAUUACGUAGUCACCAUUUGUUAGUGUGAAAAUGAAAUGUGAAAAUGACUAUUCCCAGUAAAAUCAUGACUCAUAUUGCAGUCAGUUUGUCUAUUUAGUUAUCUGUUCAGCCCUCAGAACUUCAAGUGUAUGUGUGUCUAUGCACAGAUUCAUCAGUGUGUGCUUGUAUCACACAUCUCUCCGUUAAUAAUUUUAGUGUUAUGUAUUCCAAAAACAUCCAGCUGCCUCACAGCCUGUUCUUCAGUCUCAGCAGUAUCGCUCUUUAAAUAUCUGCAGUGAUCUAAGCUCUUGGCCCUGCUCUUACUGCAUCAGGCCGUUUUGAUACUUAUCAGUGUAGUUUUUUAUGACUUCCUCAGUUUGAAAUUGUUGCUAAAGGUAGCUUCAAUGACCUCAUCUGUUAAGCUCACCAUCACUGCUAUGAGGUGUUUGUAAAUGUAUUUGUCCUUUGAAUAUAUUGAUGUUCUUUGGAGUCAAUUGUAUUGGACACUGCAGAUUCUCUCUCAGGAUUUCAGAGUUCAAAGUAGCUGCCUCAGCGCUUUUACUGCAGUAUAUGUACAAGCGUCUGUGGCGCCAUGCCCGUAGGUGGGACAGUGCCUUCGUCAAACCUCAUAGGUGAACAAACAGGGAUAUCUCCAGUGUCCACCAUGACUAUCAUGGACAGUUGUGCUUUUAGAGGUUUAAAAAAAUGUACAGUUACAACAAACUCUGUUUUAUAAAGUCAUACUCAGUACUGUUUGAAAUGUCACACACUUUAAUAAUUUUUUCUGUUAUUUAUUUCAUUUUUAUCAACAACAAAAAAAACAUAAAUGUUCAUUUAAUGAUAAAAACAACAAAACUUGAAUAAAUUGUUUUUCUCAUUACUUUACAUUGAUCUCCUGGCUUCUGUGUAAUCUGUGUAAUGUCCAUUUGUUAUUCAGGUUUGAGUACUUGGAAAUACAAAAAUGUUUCUAAGUGUAAAUGCAACUGUUCCAUAUGAGCACCUACAAUCUUGCAACCUCAUCUAACUCUGGUUCAGGCCGUAGGAAUCAGCACAAAGCACCAGCUUAAUCAGUCUCCAUACUGUGUCUGUCAUCUAACACUGCAGAUCAGGAAACUGCACUGAGCAUGCUCACUGCAGAUGCAGCCUGUAGAUGGAGCAGAGUGGUGUGGAGGAGGAAAAGGAGGAGAAAGAGGUGGAGAAAGAGAGAGUCACGUUGGCGCUGGAUAUUGUAGGGAUGCUGAGAAGGACUACAUGGGAGGAUUUGUCACUGACAACAUCGAUGGGCUGUUAGAGGGGAAAGCAGAUGGCUGGAGUAUCCCAUUAUUGUCAUUAUCGAAGAAAAGAAGAUAUGUGAGAAGGGAUUCUGGGACAGCGUAGAGAUGUACGCCUUCUACUCCCUUUUAGUCUACAUCUUCUACACUGUCUUUAAGAAGGAGGAGGAGGAUGCCUUGGAGGGGGCAUGUGGCGCUUCCUCAGACGAGGCAGAACCUGUUGCCAUGGAAACAGAGAGCAGGAGGCGAUGUGGCCACACCCCCAAAAUGGGAAAAAAAGCUUUUGCUCAGCUUAGUGAAUCAAGCAGCAGCAGUGACAGCGAUGAGUUGUCUGUGAGUGAAGACGAUGAGGCAAAUGGCACCGACAUCCCAGCAUGCACUCCUCUGGCUGCUUUUCUAUCUUUUAAGCAGGAGACUGAGAAGAGGAGGACUUCGCAGGUUCAACUGGAAACAACAGGAAAGAUGACAGACUCCCCCCUGGUAGCAGUGAUGUCCCACUUGCUGAGUUUUCUGGAACAGUACUCCCAUUUCCAGCAGCUGCAGCAGCAAGCCGACCAGUACCGGGUCCAGCUGAAGAGGCACCGUGUCCAGCAUCGUAGACAGAUGAAGGCCCUGCGAGCCUCCUACCGCCAGCGCCUCAGGGACAAAAACAGCAUCAUAAGCAGCUUGGAGGAAGCCUUCAGUCAGCAGCAGACCCCCAGCCCACUGAGUGAGGGUGAGAGAAGAGAAGGUGAAUCCAGCAGUGAUGCAGGGACACAAGCCGGGCUUCACAGGCUGGUGGAGUCGCUGUACGGCCUUCAGGGUGAGAGGAGCAAACUGAGAGGAGAGCUUCGUCUGCUGCAUUCCCAGCUGGAGCAGAAGGAAAGAGACAGACACUCCCGCAUACAGGCCUUUCAGCAACAGAUCGAUGAGUUGAAGAGCUGCAUAGAGGAGCGUGAAGAGGAGCUGUCGAGGCUUAGAACUGCUACCGGAGCCACAGACUCAGAGAAAAGGGUUCUGUGUUUGUCUGCGGAGAAUGAGAGUCUGAAACAGAGUCUGAGUGUUACCCAGGGACUUCUGCAGCAGCUGUCAACCAUCCCUUCCCAGUCCAGCACCAUGCUCAUUAAGGAAAAUGAGAACCUCAGGAGCAGAGUGCAGCAGCUGGAGCUCUCCCUCCAACAGCGAGCAGAACAGUUGUCCCAACUGGAACGACAGAGUGAACAGUGUGAGUGGAGAAGAGGAGAGGAGCUGAGGAAACGAGAAGACCGAGUGAGGGAGCUGCAGCUGGAGUUAGACAGAGAGAAAGGAAAGGAGCCAGUGGUUAAGUAUGUUACCCAGACUGUGGAGGUGGAAGCGCCCGGGACAUUAAAGCAGCUGAACAAAUGCAGACAGAGAAAUGAGCUACUGUCUGAAAAACUGUCCAAUCAGAAUGAGAGGUGCAAACAACUGGAAGAGCAAAUCAGGAGAUCGGAUGAACACAGCUGUAAUCUGCAACACAAGAUUGCAGCGUAUGAGCGAGAAAUCAGUACGCUGAGAGAAGAACUACUGAAAGAGAUCGGCCACUUGGAGGAGAGGAAGGAAGAAGCUGUGAAAGCUGCUGCGAACUGCUCAGCAGAGCAUUUUCAGAAUCUGCAGGACCAAUUCUUCAGCUUACAAAAACGUCUGACUGCACUCCCUCCAACUCUGCGCUCCAUGAAGACUGACUACGCCAGUUUGAGGAGCCAAGUUCGCAACUUCUCUGAUUUUUAUGGAGCAGCUAUCAAUGAUGCAAAAAGACAAAUUUCAGCAGCAAUCAAUGAGAUGUCUGAGGCCAAUAAAGAUCUUCUGGAAAAAUACAGAAAAGAGGUUGCACUGCGCAGGAAGUACCACGAACAGCUGGUGGAGCUGAAAGGCAACAUCCGCGUCCUGUGUCGUGUGAAGCCUGUGUUGAAGGAGGACCAGCACGAGGAGGGCCAGUCUGUGGUGGUCACGACAGACCCCAACAAUGAGUCCUCACUCAGUGUGAUGAGCAAAGGAAAAGAUCGCAUCUUUGAGUUGGAUAAGGUCUUCCAUCCUCAGGCCACGCAGGAAGAGGUCUUUCAGGAGAUUGAACCCCUUGUGACUUCGUGUAUCGAUGGCUACCAUGUCUGUAUAUUUGCUUAUGGGCAGACCGGCUCUGGAAAAACCUACACCAUGGAGGGUAGUGUGGAGAACCCGGGCAUCAACCAGCGGGCCCUAAAACAGCUCUUUAACGUGAUUGAGGAGAGGAAGGACAUGUGGACUUACACUGUCACUGUCAGCUCUGUGGAGAUCUACAACGAGGUGCUAAGGGACCUACUGAGUAAAGAUGGGGAGAAACUUGAUAUAAAGAUCAACCCUGAUGGAACAGGACAGCUGCAUGUGCCAGGCCUCAGAGUCAUCGAGGUUAAGAGCUUUCAGCACAUCAAGAAGAUUUUAGCCACAGCUCGCCGGAACAGGAUCACCUUCGGGACCCAGAUGAACCAACACAGCUCGCGCUCACAUGCUCUGCUCUGUAUCACUGUUGAGGGGACUGACCUUGCCUCCGGGUCCAAAACCACAGGGAAGUUAAACCUGGUGGACCUGGCUGGCUCUGAGAGGGUGUGGAAGUCUGGUGCAGAGGGAGAGAGACUGAAGGAGGCCCAGAAUAUCAACCGCUCCCUGCUGUCCCUUGGGGAUGUAAUUCAGGCACUGAGAGCCCGGCAGACUCACAUCCCUUUCAGGAACUCCCGCCUUACCUAUUUAUUACAAGACUCCCUGGGCAAAGGCAGCAAGACUGUCAUGGUGGUGCAGGUGUCUGCUCUGGAGAGUAAUGUUGGGGAGACUUUGUGCUCGCUGAAGUUUGCCCAGAGAGUGUGCAAGGUGGAACUAGGUCCUGCAGCCAGGAAGAUCGAAUCAGGUGGAGGACAAUGCGACUGACAGCCUUGUGUCAGGUACUUCCUGUUGUCAGUGGUCACCAGGAAGAUAUGAAUGCACCAAUACCCAGCUGAAACCGGUCAGAUUACCACAGCUACAGUAACAACUAGAUAAAACAGCAAUCCAGCUCAAGGGCUAAAUCUGCAGAGGUCUGUGUGGCACCGCAAUGUCAUUCUCUGACUGAGGUUAGGUGUGUAGAAUAACAAGGGCCUCAAUGCCAUUUUCUGCUCCUGAUAACCCUUUAUUAUAAGCUAAUCCGCAUACAGGAGUACUUGUUCUUCUGCUGAGUGCCAAAACAACCUCUGCCUCCCCUACAGUCUGAGAUUCGAUGACUCCUUGAACCACAUCUCAGCUUCCUUGAUGAUGAUCAUUAUAGUGUUUAGUGCAAUGUCAUAUUAAAAAGGUUUGGUAUGAUUCCAAUAUCAACACUUGGUUUUAGGUUACUGCAGUAUUCAUUAUGCUCUAAAUGUUUGUAGUUUGUGAGCUUCAUCUGCAAUGUUGUGUGUUUCUAAAGGUUUGUAGGAGAAAGAGGUGCGUUGUAUAGAAAAGGUGCAGGCUCUUGACAGUUUCAAUAACACUGAAGUCACAUAAUUGUGUCAUUUUUGUGAAAUUCCGAAGAGCAGUGACUGAAUAUUUUGUGUUUCUGUUUAGAGUGUUGGCACUUUGCUAUUUGAGGAAUAACAGCUACUGAAAUAAGCAGGCAGCCUUGUAUUAGAGUGGUAAAGUAACAAACUGUGCAAUAUCCUUAUACAGGAAACAGUGUGGGCCUAUGUGAACAAAAGAUGCACUUUAUGAUGGGGGAUUGACCAUAAUAUUUCAGAUCAGGUAUUUAGGUGCUUGCAGUAGAUAUCACUAGUGAAUGUCAUACCAAAUACAGCAUAUUGUUAUUUGUUCAUCAUUGUUCCUCUAUUUAUCACAAGUUGGAUCAUAAUUUACUUUUGAUCCAAGAGUAGCAAAAUAUUGUUGCAGUAUUUACCCUGAGAGGUCACUUACUGAUAGUUAGAGAGUUACAUUUCAGAUAUGUUUCUGAAUAAAUAUGAUGUAUUUAAAGCCUG